AUGCAUCCUUCACCUUAUGAUCACCGAGGAAUAAAUGGCGUCUACAAUGUUCCUUUCGAUGGAAUUCAGCGAGAAUUGGGGGGUACAAGCCCUCAGAAUCACCUACGCCAAUUCUUCACCAGAAGCGGAAAUGUUCCAGUUGUUUUCAAUUUCUUUACGCCUAUCGAGGUGGUGAACAAGGAUGGCACCGACAGAGACAUUCCCCCAAUAGUGAACAAUACCAUCAUAUGA